AUCGAGAUCAAUAAAAACCACAAGCGAGUCAGCUCUCCGGAGAUGGAAGACAACGCGAGUGGGUACGCAAUGGAGUCUGUAGAUGGGUCUUUCGCGGAGCGGGGCCAUCUCAACAUCCGUGAGAUGGCAUCCUGCAGGACCAUCUCGACUGCUACUCAGCCGUUUAUGAGGCGUCAGGGGCGUCAAACAGCGCAAAUCCUAUUUCCGGGAUCAUCGCGGCUUGGGAGGUAAACGGGAGGGCAUCGGGAGGAUAUUGAUUGGCCGGUUGGUUGAGUGGUUUAAGUUGGCUGAGGCGCUUGCGACGGCAGGACUGGUGUCUCGUCUCGGAACAAUGACUGGAGCCUACGGCACGUCUGGCACGUCUGGUGCGGCUGGUGUGUCCUCCAGUGCAAUCAAUCGGUCACCCAAAAGGGAACAUUUUUCGUCAUGGCACAUGGAGGCGGGGAAGCCGGUUACGCUUGCGUGCGUUUGAAGCGGG